CAACAGCUGGUUGUUUUCAUCACUGUGCAGUCAUAUUAACUACAUAUGCUGAAAUCUACUCAUUUCCAUAUAAGACUCGCGCCCACAUUAUCGUCGAUGUAGAGUCCCGUAUACAGCUAUGGAGCUCACCGCUUCAUCGCCGCUUAGCAACGGGUUGCAACCUCUGUCAUGUCUGUGGUGUGCUCGACACAAACUGCGCUGUGACCGGUUGAAUCCUUGUUCACGGUGUAGCAAGCUAGAUGUAGCCUGUGAGUUUCCCACUCCAAAAACGGAGAGGCGCCGAAGAAGAAACACAACCAAGACGUCAACCAGAUCCUCCCCGGGGGCAUCCGCCGCAACCUCAACCUCUACAUUAAACGAUAAUCUGCUUGCUCGGCUCGGACUCUACGAGGAAAGGCUUAGGAGCUUGGGUGUGGAUGUGGAAGGCAUGAAUGGCUCCUCCGCUAUGCAUCAGCCCCAGCCACCGACUCCGAUCUCCGUCUCUAGCGGCCAGUUAGAUGUCCGCCAUGUCCACAGCCAGCAAUAUCCCUACGCUGAGACGACAACCACGACUCCUCUGAACAAGGCAGCAGCAACAAUCCAAAUCGACCCUGCUAACGACAGCGGCGCAAUAAGAUGUGAGCAUGGAGUCAAUAAUGCAAGUGUGUUAGCUUUGAACAUACUACCCAGGACGACAGCGGCUAGUAUCGACAGCCUUUACCCGCCACCGCAGCAUUUCGCUAAGCUGUGGCCAAUAUACCUUCGCAAUGUCCAACCUAUCACCAUGAUUCUCCACCUGGCGUCGACCAGCACAAUGCUGGCCGAAGCGGCUAGGGGCCCUGGUCACGCUUCUGAGAGCGCCACCGUUCUGCUCUUUGCUGUCCUUACUGCUGCUAUCAUGUCCAUGACAGAGGAAGAAUGCGUCCAAACAUUCGCCAUGGAGCAGUCGAUCCUCCGCUCCAGGUAUAGAUCCGGCUGCGAGUUGGCUCUAGCACGCGUCGAGUUCCUCAUCUCUUGCAAUUUUGCCGUGCUCCAAGCUUACACGAUGUAUCUCGUAUGUAUAUCUGCUUAGACCUGGGUUGAACACACCUGCUUGUUGCUUCCAUCGUUCCUUUUUUUUUUUUUUUUUCCCUUCUUUUGGCUAAAUCAAAAGCUCAUCUUCUUAUAGUCCGCGGUGAGCGCAGACCUAGACCCGCGAGAGCUAUGGAACCUCACGGCUGCUAGUAGAAAGAGCUGGUUGAAAUCGA